AUGUCAUCGCAAGGUGGUGGUUCGAAGCCGAAGCCGAAGCCGAAGCUGGCUGUGCCGCGGCCGAGUUCGAGCGUAAUCCUCAUAUCCCCCCAAAACGAAGUCCUCCUCCUCCACCGCGUCAAAACAUCCACCUCAUUCGCCUCAGCCCACGUCUUUCCCGGAGGCAACCUCUCCCUCCAAGACGGGACAUGUCCACCCGCCGAAGACCCAAAGCACCACGAAGACGCACCUUCGUACAGGAAUGCUGCGGUGCGCGAGCUGUUCGAAGAGAGCGGCAUCCUCCUCGCCAAGGACAAGAACACAGGCAAGAUGCUAGCUGUUCCGGAGGAAGAGAGGGAGAGGGGCCGGGGAUUGAUCCAUCGGCAGGAGAUGACGUUCGAUGAGUGGUUGAGGGGGAGGGAUGCUAAUGCGGUGCCGGAUACAGAUAAAUUGAUCCCUUUCACGCGCUGGAUCACACCCACCAAUGUCCCCAAGCGCUACACCACCCAGAUGUACCUAUACUUCCUACCACUGCCACUCGAGUCCGAGAAGCCGCUUCUGAACGAGAUCCCCGCCGAAGGCGAAAAAGAGGAGAUCCAGGUUCCGACGAGCGACGGAGGCGUGGAGGUCACCGAGGCGAGAUUCCUGCCCGCGUCAGAAUGGCUGCGGAUGGCGCGCGCGGGGGAGAUCAUCCUGUUCCCGCCGCAGUUCCUCCUGCUGCAUCUGGUGGCGGAGUUUCUGGAUAAGAGUCCUCGGGCUCCGGGUGCUGUUGAAGAGCUGAAAAGGCGGCGCGAGGGCCUGGUGGAGUUUGUGCACUCUGGUCAGCCGCCGUGGACGGAUAAGUGUAUCUCGCCGAAGAUGCUUAAGAUGGCUGAGGAUGGGCGCGCCGUGUUGGCGCUGGAUGAUCCCGGGCCGGAGUUGAAGGGGACGGGUCGGAGGGGGGAGGCUGAUAGGGUUGUGAAGGUGAAGUUCAAGCAGGGGAGUGCGCGGGAGUUGGAGCUGCAGUGGAAGAAGGAUGUGUUUAGGGAGGAUGGGGACAGUCCAUCUCCGCCAGCCGCACCUUUCCUUCCUCACCGUCGUCGACCUCACGUCUACAAACCCGCCAAAAUGGAGAACGAAAAGGGAGAGAUCGUCGAUCUCUACGUGCCCCGCAAGUGCAGCGCCACCAACCGCAUCAUCAAGGCCAACGAUCACGCCUCCGUCCAGAUCGCCAUCGGCAAGGUCGACGAGAACGGUCGCUACACCGGUGAGAACCAGAACUACGCCAUGUGCGGCUUCAUCCGUGCCCGCGGCGAGAGCGACGACUCCCUGAACCGCCUGACCCAGCGUGACGGCUACAUCCGCAACGUCUGGACCGCCAGCCGCCAGCGGUAA